ACUACAUUUUAUUAGUAUUAUCGUUAACUGCUUAAACUGAAUUACCUACCUUUGUGAAUUUAGAUCUUUGUUUAGUUAUUUAUUGAUAGCAAAGGUGAAAUUAUUGUUAGCUUUACUGAAAUGUCGUGGCGGUAACCAGAUGGCCAACGAUUACGAAAUUUUUGAGUUCCUGGAAGCAGAUUAUGAGAUUAGUGAAGUUAAUUCAUCGAAGAGGCUCCGGCGUAGGUGGUUGCGCGAAAAGAGCGAUCCCUUUAACAUAGAGGAGGAAGAGUUUGUUAGGCGGUAUAGGCUCACAAAAGAAGAUGCACAACAGCUUUGCAAUGAGAUAAGACCGUUGUUUAAGACUACAAGAAGGUCUACAGAUUUGUCUGUAGAGAUUAAGGUACUAACCGCCCUAGCGUUCUAUGCGACCGGUGUCGAUCAACGCCCUCUUGGCAAUCAAGAGGGGCACUCCAUGGCCCAACAAACCGUUUCAUCAGUGAUUGCUCAAGUAACCGCAUGCCUCAACACGGCUCAGUUCGUGCAGAAAUACAUACACUUCCCCAAUAACGAUGAGGAACGAGACAGGAUAAAAGCUGAAUUCUAUGAUAAAUUUAAGAUACCGGGGGUGUUAGGGUGCAUAGACUGCACUCACGUGGCCAUAGUGCGACCGGCGCGCAAUGAAGAAUUCUACCACCAUUGCAAGCAGCACUCGUUGAACGUUCAGUUGAUAUGCGAUGCUAACAUGGGAAUUACAAGCGUCGAUGCAAAUUAUGGUGGUGCAACCCACGACGCUUUCAUAUGGAUGAACCAUCCACUUAGGCAACACUUGGAAGACCUGAACAGUGAGAACACCUGGUUACUAGGCGACUCUGCGUAUCCGUUGAGCAGAUGUCUAAUGACACCGGUAUCGGACGCGACGUACGGAAGCCCAGAGCGUUACUACACAGAUCGGCAUGACCGCGCCAGAGACAUAAUGGACCUUACGAUAAGGGCUCUAAAGGCGAGAUUCCGCUGUUUGAACUCGCAGAGAGUUUUGUACUACUCCCCGGAGAUGGCAGCUUCUGUCGUGAACGCAUGUGUGGUGCUACACAAUAUUUGCAAUAGAUCCAAAACUCCCGUCGAGCUGAUGAAUGAUGAGGUGGUAAAUCUGGUGAAUCAUACUGGAACAGUUUCUGAGGAGUUUGGCAGCUGCAGUGGCGACCUUCAUCAGGGUUGGGUCACACGGAGUACCCUUAUUCAUCAGCUCUGGGCCAGCCAGCAUUUAUAGUUCUGCGAAGAAAAAAAAAUAUAUUUAUAUAAUACGACA